UGGCAACACUGCGGCAGCUCUUCCGAAAAAUGGCGAGACUUCGUCACUUCGUUGCGAGCAUGGUUUGAGUUGUUUGAGUGAAGGGAGUUGAACAGUUGUAGUAAACAGGCAAAGCGUGGUCCGUUUGUUUCUUUUGCUAUGCCGUUGGAAAUUAUAAGAGCUCGUUGUCCACUUAAUUGGAAAAUAUAUUCUAUACUCACCUUCAUUAUUUCUUAAGGAGCAGAACGAAUAAAUACUCUUGACGUGGAGCGCAAUGGAUCAUAUAUGUUCGGUUUUGAAAAGAUUUCCCGGGUCUAUACCGACGAACUCAGACUGGCUCACCGAGAGCAAGACCGUAUGUUCAGUGUCGAGUCACAACACACUAGCUUUCACAGCGUCGACUGAUGUUUUUGAACCGGUCGGGAAAAUCACCUCAUUUCAUGUGUACGUUGUUGAUCUGAACAUCCCUUGGGAUGCGCACAAGGUUAUGGCACACACGGAAGAAAUCACUUACCUGGAAUGGGAUGUAGGUGCAUCGAAACUGUUUAUAACUGAUGCAGCUGGACAAAUACAAAUAUGGUCCAUGAAGAACUACCUGUUAAAUGAUUGGGCCAUGGUUGCUUCUGCUUCAUUUCCUGGAGAGUACAUCCUAACAGGAGCAUGGUUUCAUAAUGGGAAAAAGAUUGGCCUAAACAUGGAGAAGAAGGAUUGUAUUUCUUACCUGGAAAAAUAUGUUCACAUACGAUUUGGCCCAUCUGUACGUCAAGUUGGUGGAAAGCCAAGUGAGGGGUGCAUUGCCGUUACAAGUUCAGGACUGGUGUGUGUGGUUAUUCUACAGUCAGAUGAAAGCAUCAUAACUGGUACGGAGAUCCUAUGUCAGUACAGAAGUCGACUCAAAGUUGCAGAUCUCUGUUAUGGAAAAAAUGGCGACUUUCUCGUUGUCACAAAUGAUGGCUUGGUACAGUCAGCCAUUCAUUGUUACCGAAUUGCACUGAAGCUCAAUCAAGAUAAAUGUAUAGUAAGUUGCCAGCCAUUUUCCAGUUUCUACUUGAACUGCCACAUAUCAAUGUCACCACGCGAUAAACCAGCUCCAACUCGUGUCACCCACCUUAAUUUUAUUCUGCGGGAGGCAGCAGACGCAGUAGCAGUUUCAGUUUCAGGAUCUGGCGGAAGCAUAGUGGAACUGUGGGAACUUCGUGAAAAGCCUGUGCGACUUCACAAGAUGCUUCAUACGCCUUCCGUUGAAACCGCAACCAAGACUGUCGGCUGGCAGCACCAUGCCUCGACAUCCUACAGUUCACCAGUGAUGGCUGUUUGCACUCCACGUCUUUCGAUUUAUGAUACUAGUCCCCCUCCAUCUUACAUUAUUGUUGCCUACAAAGACAAUGUCAUCAAGUGUUUCUCAAGAGAUUGUCUACACUAUGCUUGCAGCAUAAACAUCAGUGCAGGAUCACACCGACGAGACGAUCAUGGUAUUAAGUACCAUCACCUCAGUGCAACAGUGUCACACAUGCAGCUCAGCUGGACUGCUAGCCUCCUUGUUGCAGUGGAUUCCUUGUCCCAGGUUUUCCUUUUCAAGCUCUCCCCUGUGAAUGAAGCCGGGAAUUCUAUGAGCUCUUCUUAUGCCAUGAUGCUUCUGGAACACUGUCUCAUGACUGGAACGGAUUGGUGGGAUGUGAUUCUGAGUCUGCGACCAGGCAUGAUCGAAAGCCUUUGUGACAAACUGACAGAGGUCUUCAACAAACAGCCCCCAGGAAUUCAGCAGUACUUGCUCAGCAGGUUUUCGUCGCUCAAAGGCUCGCUUUACAGGUGCCUAAGCAAUGGAUUGCCAAAGGCUGGAGAUUGCCACGCAUAUGUGAUGUUGAAUGCUGUGUCAGCUGUCAUGAAAGGACUUCUGAGGCCACGUGAUCUAUCAAGCCAUGAGAAGGGACCAGCGGAGACUCUAACAGCCAACAUGAGCAGCCGGGAGGUAGUGAGCAAUAUUGACAAGGUUCUGCUUCACUUGGAAACAAAAGAGUUUUCUGUGGAACCACUGAUCCUACAGUCCCUUCAGCAUCUUACUCAGUGGGUGGCUGAUCUGGCAUUGCACCUUAUGGCCUCUCUGCCACAGCAAGUGUACAAUCACAUGCGCUUUCCUGGGGGUGGCCUGAUAUCAGAUGCUAAAGCAUUGAAUAUGCUGAGAGAAUUGCUUGUGAUCUUUAGGAUGUGGGGAUUUAUUAGUGAGUCUUGCCUUCCAUCGUACACAAAGAUGACAGACAACCUCGAUGUUCUGUCACUGCUGUUCAAACUACUAACGAAAACGCUGUUGAACCAUGGUUCAGAACCUGAUGAGACACUUCUUGAUGAAUGCUGCUUGCUUCCAAGUCAGAUCUUAAUUCCAUCACUUGAUCUUGGCAGUCAUUCAGAGGGCAUUGCUAACCCAGCACUGUUUCUCAGCUCCCUUCCUCUGCAGUUUGAAUAUGGCAUAUACCCAGACUUUUUACGUUUCUCACCAAAGUUACACACAGUGGAAGGCUCUGUCACUGUGCCCAGCAAAAUUGACAUUGUUCGCCACAUUGGUCUGGGUACGAACCCUUCUCCAGCAAGGCAUUGCACAAGGUGCUUCUGUAUGUCCAUGGUGAGACCCGGACUCAAACCCGGAACCCUAAGGGCAUGGGAGCAGCGAUGGGCACGGUUCUGCCCUUGUGGUGGCCAAUGGAGGCUAGUGCAGUAGCACUGCCUCCGAAAUGCUCCCAUUUGUAUUCUUGUGCUGAAUCUUCAUUGUCACUGACUUCAUCCUCCUCGUAGGUUGUACAUAUUUUCCGAGAAUACAUUGAUCAUAAUGUU